AUGGCUUCAACAAAUGAUAAUAUGGAUGGAGAGAAUUUUAAGUGGACUAACGAGUACGUGGUGCUCUUUUGUGAGAUUUGUAUCAAAUAUAUUCGAAAGUAUGGGCGUGGAUUAAUGAAAUGGAAAGAAAUUAAAGAAGAGUUUGAAGCUACCGCCAAACGAAAAAUUGCACAUAGAAGUUUAAAGAAUAAGUGGGAUGCUAUGAAAAAAGAAUGGAGAACUUGGAAGCAACUAAAACGUGAAGAAACUGGUUUAGGGUGGGAUCCUAGUACACAUAAGAUUAGUGGCUCUGAUGAAUGGUGGGAGAAAAAAAAUCAAGGAGAACUCUGA